AUGGCUGAGAUUCAAUCAUCAAACACAGAGCCCGUUGGUACCCCGCCUACCACGGAUUCUGCCGUCCAACGGCAAUCCGAGCAGCGAGGGCCGACAUUGCAUCAGAUCUACGCCCUUCCGGCACCGAUCCGCACUUUUCCUUUACCGGCAUUUUAUCCGAACAACCCCAUAUCCUUCUUCCAUGUCGUGUAUGCGUGGUUAGGCCAACUAUGGUCCCCGCCUAAGGCGGAACCUUCGGCUGUGCAUAUUGGAACAUGGUCUGCUGCUACAUCAUCCGUUCACAUUACGGAUGAUGUCUCUACCCGAGCCUUGUGGGAGCAAGGCUUCUAUGGAAAGGGUAGUCUUAGUCGCAGUGAGCCCAAUUGGCUCAAGCGAGAGCAAGUGCGUCAAGGACUUGCUGAAGGACACGUUAGUGAAAUCAUGACUGUGCAAAGACGUGAAGAACGUAUGCGCGCCAAGUGGGAGCGAGCACGCCUCGAGCAGGAGGCGAUUAGAGAGACACGACUGAAGGAGGCUGAAGAAGCGAAGGCGAGAGAAAUCAAGGCACGAGAAGCCAAAGCCCUUGCGGCCAAGGCUAAGGAACAGCGUGCUCAAGAGUCGAAAGACGUUGCAGCACCCGAGUCUGUCAAGCCAUUUUCACUAUCCGCCGCUCUUCCGACCUACGAGUCACCUACCAGCCCACUUGCGCUGCUGUCUCUACCAAACUCAUUGGUAGAUAUUGUGCAGCCCAAGGCUACUGAGUCUGUCAAACCUGCCGUUUCUGUACCAACCUAUGCCUCACCAGUGAGCCCUGCGACGCUUCUUGCUCUACCAAACUCGGCGACAGAUAUCGUCGACGAGCCUGCUGUUGAACAUAAUGACAAUGGCCUUGGUGUUUUGGGAAUUUCUGGACUAGGCCUGCCCGUGGAUACUGUGCAGUCCAACUCGGUUGUCACUAAUGGCGCUGCAUCUGUUAUCAGUUCAUCGUCUGAUGAUGAAGACACCACGCAGCCGAAGAAGCGCCGCAAGAGUGUUCGAUUCUCUCCUACUAUUGAGUCAACCACGUUCCACUUUGCCGACCCUCCCAGCCCCAAGCGUGCAGAGUCCAAUGGAAAGGUGAACGGAUUGGUCGACGCUCGCCCCAUUUCACCCGUGGCUCUGAACGGACAAAAGGAAGUCGCUUCAACCGAAGUUGUCAGCAAGCCUGCACUCAAGAACAUGGAGCACCUUCAGCUUAUGCCUGAGGAAGCUUUCUUCCUGAGCUUUGGCCUUGGAGCCUUGCAAGUCAAGGAUCCUGCUUCCGGUUGCCCACUCUCAUCCUUGGACCUGUUGAGACUUUUCAGACAGCACUGUUACUUUCCUCCUCGAGUCGAGCCGGCGGACCCCGCUCUUCAGCCUGACGAUAAGUUCUUGAUUCACUAUGCUGUGUAUCAUCACUUCAGAUCCCUUGGUUGGGUCCCUCGUGGCGGUAUCAAGUUCGGUGUUGAUUGGCUACUGUACACUAGAGGACCAGUCUUUGAUCACGCUGAGUUUGGAUUGAUUGUCAUUCCGUCUUACUCUGACUCUCAGUGGAAAGAGGCUGAAAAGCAGAGCCCACAAAAGACCUGGCAAUGGCUUCAUGGAACUGUGCGCGUUCUUUCACACGUCACCAAGAGCCUUGUGCUUGUAUAUGUGGAUGUACCGCCUCCGUCGAAAUUCGAGAAGGCACUUGAUCAAGGUGUCGCCGAGGCCUUGAAGCUUUACAAGGUCCGGGAAGUGAUGGUCAAGCGAUGGUCGAGCAACCGUAACAGAGGAUGA